AGAGGAAAAUGAGAUUUACCGUUAGUGAUUUUAACGCAGACCGGGUCUGUGAUUUUUCUGGUGCUUUAUUAAUAAUGUAUGAAGGUUUUUUCUGCCGAUAAGGCCAGACAGCCAGUUAGACGCAGGCUCAGAGCCGGUAAGACACCCGUAGAGCCGAGAGGAGUCGGGUGCGGCAGCCGUUAAUGAUUUAGCCAUGUUAGCCAUCAGAUCGUCAGAGGAGGAGUCCACAGAGAUUGAGGAGAUGGACACCUCAGAGCCCAACUGGUGCUGGUUCUACUUGGCUGAGUGUGGAGUGUGGCACAUGUUCGAGAUUGAUCCCAGUGCAGCCUGUUCUGUGACGAGUUCUCAGAUUGAGCAGUGCUACAACAGGAACCAGCGUGGUGUCAUGGAGUUCUACACGGCCAAGUACACGUACAGACUGGACUUCUCAGUUAUGCGACAGAUAAAUGUAACAACGGGGAAGCAGCGGCCAAUCAAACGCUCCCUCCACUCUGCAACUGGCUUCAGGUUUAUUUGUGAUAAUCUUGCCUUGCCGGUACCCUGUCACUGGGAGAGGAUCAACACAGAUGAACCCUAUCAGCUCAUCCAGCUCGGCCGAGACACAUACGAGUUUAAAGAAGUAGCCAGACUGUACGAGAGGACGAUGGAUCAUCCAAUCAAAUCCAUCCAGAGGAUUCAGAACCUGGACUUAUGGGAGUUCUUCUGCAGGAAGAAAACACAGUUGCGAAAAGUCAAGCGAACAUUGGACAUUGAGGAGCGGAUGCUGUUUCACGGCACAGGACACAGCAACAUACAAGCUAUAUGUACGUUUAACUUCGACUGGCGGCUGACAGGGAGCCAUGGCGACGUCUAUGGCAAAGGGAGCUACUUUGCCCGAGAUGCCAAAUACUCCAGCAAGUUCUGUCACACCACAGGGAAACACAACACCACCUUACAGAGACACGGACUCGCGCCGCCAAUAUUUGCCAGCGAGCCGCCCUAUAAGACGAUGUUCCUGGCCAGAGUGCUCGUCGGAGAAUACACCGUCGGUCAUCCCAUGUACUGCAGACCGCCCUCCAAGGACGCCAGCUUCACCAACUUUUAUGACAGCUGCGUGGAUGAUAUGGCCAAUCCAAAGAUCUAUGUCAUUUUCGACAGCAAUCAGAUUUACCCAGAGUAUCUGAUUGAGUUCUACUGAUGCCUAACAUCUACUUUUUUUAUCAUAAAGGUUGGAUCUCCAGCAUUAAAAAAAAAAAAACGAGAUAAAAAAAAGAACAGACAUUUGAUGUUUUUUUUAUUCAACCAGAUCCAGACCUAACUGGAGCGUGGGUCGUCUAAAGUGCCUUUGGAGAAAUUGGAAAAGCAGGAAGACAACAGAAGACAUUGUGUACAGUUUAUAUACAGUGUACAGUGUGUCUUUAGACGAGACCUUGUGGUUGUGACGUAAAAUGACAACUGAAGAGGAGUCCUUGUGGCAAAUUCACAAUCUGUGCUUGCUCGUUCAGUGAACAAAAUAAGAGUGGCACUCGCAGCCUGUAGAUUAUAGGUGAUAUCCUGCCAUUGGCCACAUCCAUUCCCUCACGUUCACAGUGCCACGCUUAUUUACGAACCAAAAAAAACGUGUUCCAGCUCGCUCAUGAUACACCGUGACCUGUCAAAACCUGUGUGUACAAUGAAUUAUAUAGGCAUGGAUUUCUGUUUAUUUAUUUUUGUCAUAAAAAAAACAAAACGCUUCUACCUCUUUUUUAAACCAUGCAUCAGUGCACUUUAACCCCUUUCUACGAAAGGUUCUGUAACUGUGUCAUAAUGACAUAAAGUUGUGAUGUCGUGUUCACUUGUCGUCCCCGAGUAAUAUGUCGUUUCUGUGUAUCUUUUCUGACUACAGUCUAUAAAAGUCUGGACGAUUGAGCUUCAUAAGAGUUCAUUUUUUUUCAAACCAAAACAAGUUUUAGCGUCACAUUUUUAAAUCAUCUGAGUGUAACGUCACCUCCGGCUGAUUUCUGUCUCUUGAGAAAUAAGCAGGUUUUCUUUGCACCUGGUGUAAAUUUAACAAAAAGAAAAAAGAAAAGAAAAAAAAAUGAAUGUAGCCAGCACAUGUGUAGUACUGUAAUGAAAUUGCUUUGCUGUGUGCAUUUGUUGAAUUCAUGCCAAAAAAGGGGGUUUUUAUCGUAAGUUCUCCACAAGGUGGCGUACAAAAAGUGAAAGGAUGGAUCUUAAGCUACUCUAGUUGAAAUGCAAGAAACCUGAUCUCUUCAGUCAAAUCACUGCAGCUGUGAGUGUGUGAGUAGUAUGUGAACCUAUAUGUGUGUCUGUAAUUUGCACGUUACAACUAAUAAACCUUUUAACAUAAGCACAU